AUGGGCAUCUUCGACGGUCACAAUGGCAAUGCAACGAGUAUGCUGCUCAGUUUGAUUCUGCCUACCGCGGUCUUGGGCGCGCUUGCGGACCUGUACUCCAAGCAUGCUAGGCUGUCCCAGCCCGUCGACGUCGAUGAUGGGGUAGAACACCAAGUAGGCGCGCCUCUGGAGCCCUCGGGGCCGGUCCAUCCGCCAGCCGAGGAGAUUGACCAGACCAUCAAGGAAGCCUUCCUCCGCGUCGACGAUGACAUCGUGCACUGGGCAGCGGAACGCGCUCUGUUAGGUCCUCCGGACGGCCGCGCACAAGACUUGCUCGCUCCUGCCCUCUCCGGCUCAUGCGCGCUGCUUGGCUUCCUCGACACCGACUCCCGCGAGCUGCACAUGGCGCUCACCGGCGACUCCCGCGCCGUCCUCGGCCGCCCCGUCGUCGACGCCUCCGGCAAACGGCGCUGGAAAGUCCUCGAGCUCACGCAGGACCAAAACGCGCACAACGAGCGCGAGAUGGCGCGCAUGGAGGGCGAGCACCCAGGGGAGACCAUCGGCGCGAACGGGCGCGUCAUGGGGUGGGGCAUGGCCCGCGCCUUCGGCGACGCCGCGUACAAGUGGUCGCGCGCGCUGCAGAAGCGGCUCUUCGAGGACUACCUGUGCGACUACCCGCGACCGAACGUGAAGACGCCGCCGUACUUCACGGCGGAGCCGGAGAUCACGACGACGCAUGUGCAGUCUGGCGAUGUGCUGGUCAUGGCGAGCGAUGGAUUGUGGGACUGUCUGACGAACGAGGAGGUGGUAGGGCUGGUGGGUGUGUGGCUGGAGAAGCACAGCGAGAGCGAGGUGCAUCAUCCUCAGCACGAGAUUGUGUCUUCGGCGCACGAAUCGACCAAAAAGGACGUGAUUGAGAGGGAUGACCUACCUGUCGUCGAGAUGAAGCCCGACCACACGAAGAUGUAUCCGUGGUGGCACGCGCAGAAACGCUUUAUCAAUGUGGAUGACACGGUGACUGCACAUCUCGCGCGCAAUGCCUUGGGUGGCGUGAAUGUCAACCUCACAUCCGCUCUUCUUCAUAUAGCGCCACCACGUACAAGGAGAUAUAGGGAUGAUAUAUCCAUAAUAGUGGUACUCUUUUGA